GUCUGUCUUCUCCUGGUGAAAUUGGGCUUCAUACAUUUACGUGGAGUAAUUACAUUAAUGUUAUACGAUUGAGAUUGGUCGUGAUUUAUUAAUGUUGCGUGUGAAACCUUUUAAUGAAGAAAGAAUUGAAAACCAGUGUCGUCAUGUUUAACCUUGACGGAUGGGACAUGUGUCGUACUGUCUAAUUCUUGUCAGACAUUCGCAAAUCUCCAACAAAGUGUGUAUGCUGAACAGAAAUAUUGACAAAAUAUAGACCAGAGUUAACAGUGGUCACCAUGAGAAGUCAAAUAAAAAGAGGGCAGAUUUUUGUCUGGCUUUACUGUUACUGUCUAGUAAAGGUCCCUGAUUAGCAUCUCUCAUUAUUAAUGCCAUCCUAUUUUGGAGAACCCGAACGAGCCUUAUCUGUGUAACCAAUACUCAUCUUCAUGAAGUGAUGCUCCAGGAUCAGGUAGCCACUUGAUUUCCUUCUCGGAACAUUCACCCCUUUGCAUUUCCCUCUUACAGGGUUACCGCUCUGCACCUCCCCGGCAAGUUUCUCUAGGAGGUUUAUGACCUGGAGAUAUGGGUUGGCUUUGAAUUAUUAACAGAAGAAGUUUAUUUGUUGGGGCUGGUGGGUGUAGCUUGUUACCUGAUAGCUCCUGUCCUUGUUCGCUUUGAUGGACACGUGUCGCACGGAGGAUGCAGUCGCUGAACUUAAAUAACGUCACUGCUCUCUAGGAAAGAGAGGGCUUUCUAAGAGUGGAAGUCUGGCUGUUCUCUGGUGUCGGAGCUCACUGGUCAUCUUGUUAGUUACGUUUUCAAAUGCACCAGGAGCUCUGACAACUCUUACUUCUCCUGAGGUGGAGACGACAAUGGAAUCCUCAGCGGUCAUCAGGCUCCGCUACGAAGAGCUGCUCUUUUACGCCGUCUGCGUUUGUAACUGUUGGUGUGUGUGUCUGUGCGUUUGUGUGUGUCUGGGAGGCAGAGUGCGUAGGAGGGGAGGUGGCAGCAGCGGCGGUGGCAUGCGUAUGGGCAGCAGCUGGAGGUGGCAGCUGUCCCGGGCCAUGAGACUGGCGCUGCGCUGGUGCCGGCUGUGCCGCCCGCAGAGAGGAGGGCGAGGCGGGAGGAACAAACCGUGGAUCAGCGGGAGGUUCCUGGAGCUGUGGAGAUACAGCAAGCUGCUGCUCAAGUCACUGUAUUACAACAGCCUCAGCAACUCAGACACUGUGCUGGACUCUGUGUUCGAACCCGUCUACUGGAUUGUGGACAAUGUGACCCGCUGGUUUGGAGUGGUGUUUGUCUGUCUGGUCAUCUUCUUGACGACCUCAGUCGUGGUCAUCGUCUACCUGUUCAUCCUUCCCACGAUCGUCGGCACCUACCCCCUGCACUGGGUCGUCUGGCACCUCAGCUGUGGCCACUGGCUUCUCCUCAUGGUGGUCUUCCAUUACUACAAGGCCACCACCACCUCUCCGGGACACCCGCCCAAGGAAAAAAUUCAUAUUCCCUCAGUGUCCAUCUGUAAGAAGUGUAUCACUCCGAAACCGCCCAGGACGCACCACUGUAGCAUCUGCAACAUGUGUGUUUUGAAGAUGGACCACCACUGUCCCUGGUUGAACAACUGUGUGGGCCACUUCAACCAUCGCUACUUCUUCUCCUUCUGCCUCUACAUGACCCUGGGCUGCAUCUACUGCAGCGUCAGCAGCAGGAACUUGUUUCUGGAGGCAUACAGUGCUAUAGAGAGUUACUAUCAGACCCCCCCUCCAGACUACACCUUCAGAGAAUCCACCGCUCACAAGAGUGUCAUCUUCCUCUGGGUGCUGACCAGCUCGGUGGCAGUAGCUCUGGGCGGACUCACCCUGUGGCACGCCUUGCUCAUCAGCAGAGGAGAGACCAGCGUGGAGCGCCACAUCAACUGCAAAGAGACCAAAAGACUCAAGGAGAAGGGCAAGGCGUUCAGAAAUCCGCAUCAUCAUGGUAGAAUGACCAACUGGAAGUUACUCUUUGGUGUGGAGAAAAGGAGUCACUGGUUCACACGGGUCCUGUUACCCUCCAGCCAUCUUCCCAAUGGUAACGGCAUCAUGUGGGACUGCAUCUUCACCAGGAGAGACCCCAUGGCCAUCUGACCUUUGCCAGUUAAAUUUGUUUGUUUUUUUUUUUGACCAUAUCAGACAUAUUUGUCCUGCAUUUACAUUACAAGCAACAUGUCUGGUGUGUGCGGACAGUACGAGAAGCUCCCACGCUCCAUCUGCCGCUACAGUCAUUUUGACAAGAAAAAGAAGCUUUGUAGUGUGAAUGUGUAUGGAAAUAACCAGAAGUGAUUCCUCAAAAAAAACCCUCAUCCUCUGAGACCGUCCACCUGUCACCAGCCUAACCGUAGACCUUACCACCAGCCAACUUCAAGCUGCGACUUCAGUGCUGUUGACUGAUUUGAUUUACAGAAGGUGCUGCUGGCCGGCAUCAUGGUGAAGCCCAAACCUUUUUCUCCUUUCUCUCAACCAUUUUUGAAGACACGACAAUGAAUUUUUGUGCAUUUCUUGCACCAGCUCUACAGCCUCUCGCAACACGUGUAAGAGUGUAAGAUGGAAGAACGAAUAGGUGACAGUAUGGGAGGCUCUGGAGACCUUCAGAAAGGCUCAUUAAGGAGUGACUUAGGUGCUGUGUGUUGCAUUUAUAAACAUUAAUACAGCACAUUGUAAAUGAAUGCUUCAGCAUGAUUGGUAAUUACACUAUUCUUUCAAAGUAUGACUACAUUUCCCAAAGACAAAGUGGUUCUCUGCUUUUACCUAAAGAGGUAAACAUGAUGGGUGUUUUGUUUUCCGUGUGGUUCUAGCUACUUCCAUCAGAUACUUUACAACUUUAUCCUACUGAGUUUAAUUUCCACUCUUCCUGACCUGUGCUGUAAAGCAGCUCAGCAGAUUUCCCUCCAGAUGUGGCUUAUUGACUGAGACAGACUGACGGAUUUACAGUCUUUUCAGAGAAGACCCAGCACCUUUAAUAACUGACACUGUAUUGAUCCCUGACAACAUGUUUAGUCAGGGAUUUGAGCCUAGACCUUGUCUAUUUAUUCAAGGAAUCCUCUCUUGUUGAUUGUCCAUUGUAACUGUGUUUAUUGGUCUUGGGCUGAGGACUAAUCCAAGUGUUUCUUAAUGUGGGGGAGGCAAGUCAUGAGAUGAAAAUGCAUUUUUAAUAUUCAUUUUUGAUUUUGUUUGAUAAAUGUCCCGUGAUUAUUUAAAUAAUCGUCAUUUUCAUAUUUUUUUUUAACAUUUGCUGCUCUGCAUGCUUACACCUGCAGAAUUUUGUAGUCGUGUUUUGGAGAGCGUGCUGGCGAGAGCCACUGGUCUGAACUGAUGUUCUUGUACCAAAGAAGAGCGAAAUAUACCAAUAUACCAAGAGUUUGAUUCACUUUUAAAUUUCUGACUUGAAAUUUUUGCUAACUAUGUUUAGCUUAAGAAAAAACCUGCACAGCACUCAUUUUAUCAUGUGUACUAUUUCUUUGGUAGACACUGAUAAAGAAAUUGUUGUGUGCCUUGUUUGGGUGAUCAGCAUUUAAACUGAGAAACUUUAAAUAAAUGACAAGAUGCACUGUGAAUUACACAUUUUUUAAAUUCCCUUUUAGAUUUUUCACCCCAACAUGUUCAUAUCUAUAACUACAAUGAUGGAUGAGUUGGACCCGUAGUUGCCAUAGACACAUGAUGUAUAGCUGUGAUAUCAAUUGCAACCAAUUGGAGCUGUGCUCCAGUUAGAUGCCUUUUUAAUAAAACAAGUCU